AAACUACUGUCGUAAAACAACUAUCGUAAAACAGCUGUCGUAAAAACAACGGUCGUAAAAACAACGGUCGUAAAAACACGUCCUGUUCGUGUGAAUAUUUUUUUUUUUAUUCGAUGUCCUUUAAUUUUACGCCAAAAUACUACGUGAAGUAUCUAUUUUCAAGAUUGAAAUUGUGAUUUAUAAUUUUAAAUUAUGUUGAAUGUGUAACAUUAGGGGGGUUUGUAAUUUUAGGACAGCUAGCUACUUCCUUAUGUGAGCUGGUCAGGUGGUUAGUACCAGCGGAGUAAAUAUGGCAACGGUCAUGAUGUACAUUUUACAUCAAAUACUUUCACUGUAUUAACUACUGGGACUUUUAUAUAUACCAGUACAUGACGUUCCCACUGCCGAUAUUACCCGGUAACGGUGCACGAUUCCCGGACGAGCAAUGUGUCAUUGAUGGGGGGGGUCGGGAUACGGUCGUGUUCCGUUUUGCAUCGUCUGACGUCGGUACUGUACGGGGGACGGAGCCGGGGGACCGAGCCAGAUAGAUAGUCCCCGGUGUUAAGUGUUAUUGUUUAUAUUACAGCGGUGACAGACAGACAGACAGGUAUAACAGACAGACAGACUUUGGUCAGAUGUCAUGUUGAUGCGGGGACAGAGACAACCGUCAGUGUCAUGGACUGUUACUCCCAGCCAGUAGAGGGAUACAGACCGACAGACAGACAGACUGGCUAUCAGGCAGACAGACAGGCAGACAGACAGACAGACAGACAGCUAGCCUAGUGGAUGGACUUCCUCUGAUGUCAUAGCUGACCCCCGGCCCGCCCGGUCCAGAGAAAAUGAUUGGUGCCCCAGAUGUGGUGACGUUUACUAAAGAGGAUGAUUUUGGGGAGGUAGGGUACCCCGACCCCCGGGUGGUACCAGAGGAAUUCUCUGUCCCUCUGUUCCCAUCGAACAACAACGCUAACCCCUGGGCCAAGACCUCGUACGCCAAGUUCACUAAGGACUUCAUCCUCAUAUCAGAGUUCUCCGAGCAGGUGGGCCCCCAGCCUCUGCUCACCAUACCUGAUGACCCAAAAGUGUUCGGGACCUUUGACCUGAACUACUUCAGUCUGAGGAUCAUGUCUGUUGACUACCAGGCCUCGUUCGUAGGGCACCCUACCGGCAGCGGAUACCCACGACUCAGUUUUGUGGAGGACUCCCGUGUGGUGCUGGGCGACUCUAAGGAAGGAGCGUUCGCCUACGUCCACCACCUGACUCUGUACGACCUGGAGGCCCGGGGUUUCGUCCGCCCGUUCUGCAUGGCGUACGUCUCCGCCGACGAGAGGAAGAUCAUGCAGCAGUUCCAGGAGCUGUCGCUCCGCUUCUCACGAGCCUCCGAGCUCCUGAAGACCGGAAACCGACGGGCCUUCGCCCGCGAGCUGCAGAGGAAGCUACGAGACCUGGAGUACACGCGGUCCGUUCUGCAGACAGAGGAAGGGCUUCAGCGCGAGGCGGGGCCUCAGGGCUGUUACUCCGCCCACGCGGUGGACAAGGCCAAUGAGCUUGCAGCGAUGGAGAAGAGUAUCUUCGAGCACCGAGACCUGCUGAGACAGAUCACCUCGUACCUUCUCCGCCCCCGCCGAGACCCCCACGCAGCACACUGCCAACACUGCGUCACCGAGUCCCGCAAACACAGAGACUCCUCGCCUCCUGGUUCCGACCCCGGCGGCGAGGAGGAGGAGGGAGAGAGGAGGAGGAGGAGACAGUCUUACACCCCUCAGCUGAUGAAAGGGACCGCGAAAUGUUUCGCCAAACGUCUGAAGAACAUGACGGAGUUAUGCGAGGAGUGGUUCUAGGCCGCGGUGGAACUUCUCGCUCACACGGAGAGGUGUUUCCGGGGGGAUCUGUGUUACCUGUACACCCGCCGCUUGGACCGAGCUCUACGCAGGAAACAGAACGUCGUCAACUUCCUGUUCGAGGAGGAGCUCGGGGAGGAAGAAGAGGAGGUAGCGGCGCUGGGAAGAAUCUUCUGUUCUCUAAACCACGCGACGGGGACGGACCGACGCUCGCGUCUUAUACACACCCCUUCCGUCGCGCUUUGCCCCGAGCCAGACCUUCCAGAGGUGUACCCUCUCUGUCCUGAUAACUCUGCCCCGCAGAGCGACGCCCUGGCUGGGGACGAGAGGCUGGAGUCGUCACUCUCUGAUCUGACCGUGGAGACACAGGACCAAGAAAGCUCUGAGGAGAAUAAGGACAGCUUUAGUAGUGACAGGAGUGGAGGAGAGGAAGAGGAGGAGGAGGAAGGACAGGAGGAAGGAGACCAGACCCCUGUUUUUCUGCUGGAGACUGAGGAAGGGGGAGAGGGUGAGAACGAAGGAGGGUUUGAGAGAGGGGCUGAGACAGGACAGAGAGGGGCUGAGACAGGGGAGAGAGGGGCUGAGACAGGACAGAGAGGGGCUGAGACAGGACAGAGAGGGGCUGGGACCGAGACAGGACAGAGAGGGACCGAGACAGGACAGAGAGGUGCCGAGACAGAGGAGAGAGGGGCCGAGACAGGACAUAGAGGGACUGAGACAGGACAGAGAGGGGCCGAGACAGGACAGAGAGGUACUGAGACAGGACAGAGAGGGGCUGAGACAGGACAGAGAGGGGCUGAGACAGGACAGAGAGGUGCCGAGACAGGACAGAGAGUUCCUGACCCUGAGUUGUUGGUCCACAUGGACACGGCCUGCUGCAUGUCUCAGGCCGAAGGCUUCCUGUCCAACUCUUCUCCCACAGACACGCUACCUGCUUCUGGGCUGCAGCCCGGCUCUCUACCCCUCCCACCGGUGGUCAGCCAGGAGCCCCAGGCCAUGCUGUCGAUCCAGGGGGUCUACGGCCUGGGUUCCCCACACUACCAGAACCCCGGGGCUGGACUGGACCUGCCCGUCUCCUCCUUGGGAGAUGCCACCUCCAAGGGGUCGGACCAGGACGGGUCGGACUGUACCACGUCAGCGUCUACGGGGUCGGAACGGGCCGGUUCACCUCCGGGGUACGGCGGGGUGGUGGUAACGCUGAGGCAGAAGAAGAGGGCUGGACAGGAAGCCCUCAGGUUUGUGCGUCAGUAUCCGUUUGCCUUGCAUGCCCUGUGGUCCCUACUGAGUGGUCGGACCCUGGUGGUCCUGGGAUCCGAGGAGGGGAGGGUCAGGAGGCUGGUGUCCGCUCUAGCCCUCUACGUGCCUGGACCCGGGCGCUGUGGGGAGAGGGUCCAGCCUUGGCUCUCCUGCCCCUUCAGCCUCACUGACCUACAGAGGUGGAAACUCAUAGGACUGCAGAGGGUGGCUUCUCCCGUGGGGACCAGCAUGCUCUGCUCUCUGUCUCGCUACAGCCGUUACAUCUCCGUCCUGGACGCCGACCGGAAGACCCUCCGUUGCCCCGGCUACCGCGGAACCCUCCUGUCCAACAUGGCGGACCGCCGUACCCGGCUCCGGCGAGGAUCCACCUACUUCUUACAUCUCCAGAACGUGCUCAGUCGACUGGCCGCCCGGGCUUUCCACCUUAGCUUUACACAUCACCUCCAUCUUCCCAUCAGCCACCGCCGGGAGCAGAGACAGGAAGUAGAGGAGAGGACGCGGGGCUUCCUGAGGGAUCAGCUCGGGCUCGGCGAAGACGACUGUUCCGUCCUGAUGUACCUGAGUCAGCUGAUCACCCGGCACUACCUGGAGACGGACAACAUACUAGACCCGACCACUGGGGGUGCUGUAACCCCAGAGACGGGCCUAGACCCGACCACUGGGGGUGCUGUAACCCCAGAACCGGGCCAAGACCCGACCACUGGGGGUGCUGUAACCCCAGAACCGGGCCAAGACCCGACCACUGGGGGUGCUGUAACCCCAGAGACGGGCCUAGACCCGACCACUGGGGGUGCUGUUAUCCCAGAGACGGGCCUAGACCCGACCACUGGGGGCGCUGUAACCCCAGAGACGGGCGUUGACCCGACCACUGGGGGUGCUGUAACCCCAGAGACGGGCGUCGACCCUACCACUGGGGGCGCUAUAACCCCAGAGACGGGCGUCGACCCGACCACUGGGGGUGCUGUAACCCCAGAGACGGGCCUAGACCCGACCACUGGGGGUGCUAUAACCCCAGAGACGGGCCUAGACCCGACCACUGGGGGCGCUGUAACCCCAGAGACGGGCCUAGACCCGACCACUGGGGGCGCUAUAACCCCAGAGACGGGCCUAGACCCGACCACUGGGGGUGCUGUAACCCCAGAGACGGGCCUAGACCCGACCACUGGGGGCGCUGUAACCCCAGAGACGGGCCUAGACCCGACCACUGGGGGCGCUGUAACCCCAGAGCAGAACCUAGACCCGACCACUGGGGGUGCUGCCAGGAAGAGAGCUCCACCCAGCUUCACUUUUAACUACACCACUAGUCUCCUAUACAAGAUCUGAUCUGAAACACUGACCGAGGAUCGAAUCUCUGAGAGCCCUCGAGUCUUCUCUCCUCACCUCCUCAAAACAGCACUGGAGACAGAUGGGAGAUUUCGCUCUAGGUUGGAGACCGUCUCCUAGGUAAUCGGGAGAGACUGAGGAGGGAGCGAGGGGUUUUAGUGAAUGUAAUG